AUGUUCUCCUUAAAUAAAUUAGUGUCUGUGAAAUCCGGCUACCGCGCGCUAAGCACAGUCUCGAGCGAGCUCGUGGAUCAGUUUUUGGCCUCCAACCCGUCCACUAUUGCAAUCGACGCCACAUGGUUCUUCCCCAACGAUCCCCGAAACGCAUUUAAGGAACACACCCAGAAACGGCUGAACGAUAAAACAGUGUUUUUCGAUAUCGAAGACAUUUCCGACAAGUCGAAUCCGUUCCCGCACAUGUUGCCGUCCAAGUCGCAGUUCGAACAGCAGAUCAGCAAGCUCGGAAUCACCAAUGACUCAACGCUUCUUAUCUAUGACACCAGUGACGUCUACAGCGCCUGCAGAGCCUCGUGGAUGUUUGAGAUCUUUGGACACGACUUGGAUAAGCUCUACAUCUUGGACAAUUUUGCGGGAUACAAAAACUACACCACAAAGUCCACAGAUUCCAAAUCCCCGCUACCAGAGUCCAUUUAUAAAGCCACCUUUGAUAAGUCGAAACUGGUCUCUUUUGAAGAACUAAAGCAAUUGGUUCUCGAGGACAAGAUCGGCAAGUCGUACACAUUACUGGACGCCAGAUCGGGGCCCCGAUUCGACGGAUCCGCCAACGAGGCAAGACCAGGCAUCUCCUCGGGCCAUAUCAAAAACGCUAUCAACGUCCCAUUCCAGGACUUUCUCAACGCUGAUAAACAGUUCAUAGCCCCAGAGGCCAUUCUGAACCGGCUCAAACAGGCAGGUGUUGACGAAUCCAAGCCGAUCAUCGUCAUGUGUGGUUCGGGAGUCACCGCCUGUGUUGUUAGGUGCGGGCUUCUACUUGCGGGCUUUGAUGCGAAAAAUAUCGCUGUCUACGACGGGUCCUGGACAGAAUGGGCCACAAGGGCCCCUGAACUGGUCACCAAGUCUUUCGAGUCUAACAGCGUUCUUUCCGGUGGCCGUUUCUUCUUGGGAGAAACGAAGUUGCUGAAGAAAUCAACUUUCCGUUUCUUUGGAGACUCGUACAACGAGCCAGUGAUUCCCAAGUUUCUUCUCCCCAGCUCCUCCUUGAGCUCCUUUUGGAUCUGUGACGGCAGCUCGUUGAAAACUUCCCAGUUGAUCUCGCUCUCGCGUAUUCCAAAAGUGCCCUCGUUUCUUCGAACUGGACUUUUGGGUUUGGUAGCAGGUUUCAAAGACUCGGGUUUGUCGAGCUUGAAAAGACCCGACUUGAACGGAAGCUGUUUCUGA